AUGACCAUCAUUCAAUAUAAUGAUCGGAUUACUUCGACAAUAUAUCCAUCUUCAAUAAAUGAAAUCCCGACAAGUACUUUGUUUAAAAGAGCAGGAACUUCUUCAAAAAGUUCAUCUACAGCUAGUGGUUCAGCCACCACUAGUCAAAAAAAAAACUCUAAUGGUGAAGUUAUAGGUAUUGCAGUUGGUGUCCCUGUCGGCGUUGUAGUUAUUUUACUGCUUGUUAUCUUAUUCAUAGUGUACAAAAGAAGUAAAAAAGAGGAAAAGGAGGAUGAUGAUCCAGAAUUUGCUGGUGAUUUGACAUAUAUGACCGAACCAAAACCAUUGUCUAUGAAACACAAUGACUAUUCUUCUGAAUCGAUAGAUUUCAAAGGGACUGAUGAAAAAAAUUACGGUAGUAACAAUUCUAAUCCAUUCAGUGAUCCUUCGACUUCACUGAAUCAGAUGAAAAAUCCAAGUUUUGUUCAAUUACCAGAUAGCAUAGAAUCCAAUUCUAUUAGAAGUUAUGCAAAAUUACAUGAUUCUUUAAUUGGUGGGUAUAAUUUGGUAUCUUCAAGAAAUAAUAGUUCUUUGUCGUUACUACAUGACGAUACCUCCAUUAAUAGGCCGACUAUGUCUAAAAAUAAUUCAAAUUUGAACAUUGUAACAACUUCAACAACUACUACUACUACUACUCUUGAUGCUGCUGCUGUUGUUGUUGCUACUAUUAGUUCUCAUGAUGGAAUUUUUAAUGAAACAAAAGUGGAUCAAAGAGCUAUAAUUGAAGAUAACCAACGACCAAUCUCCAGAAUUGACAAUGAUCAGGAUAAAAUUUACCGUCUAUCUAUAAAUACAGAAGAAGAAGAGGUCGUUGAAAGGAUAAAAAGUGUAUAUAAGGUUUACCUUGAAAGUGAUACUGUCGAAGAUAAAAUGGAUCAAAUUUCUCUAGAUUUUGAAAAGAACCAAUAUCCUCAUCCGACUUUAAUGAAUGAUGAAGGAAACUUGACCGUUGAAACUUUUUCGAGUUCCUCCAACUUAAUGGAUAGAUCAUAUCCUGAGUCAGAAGUAACUAUAGAUUCGACUGUAGGAAGUGAUGGACGUGAUGAUCAUAUAGAGAGAUACAGUAAGGCCACAAUUACAGACAGCAUGUUAGCACCAUUAGAUAUUGGAAAUUCUAAAGACCACCUUCAACUUCAAGCGGCAGGAGCGGCUUCAAGAAUUGCUUCUUCAAUUUAUUCUGAACUUCCUAAUUUAAACGGUACCAGAAUCUCUCAGCAAAUAUCAAAGCCUCAAAAUGUUCAACACUCUCAAAAUAUCAAUAUCUAUAGUCCUCAAUUCCCGAACAUGACUUAUCAAGCUCAUGAUAAUGCAUACGAUACUCAAAGACACCAUCAGCAAUAUUUAUCUCCAAUAAAUACUCAACCAAUAUAUUCUUAUAAUCAUGAGCAACAAUUUAACCAUCCUCAAACAUUAGAAUCUAUUGAGGAACUUCCAACACCAACACAAUUGAAACUAAUGCCUUCUGAUUCAAUUCACUCGUUAACAUCAUUUAAAGAUAAACAAAGGAAUCAAUUAGUUCAGUUAAAUACUGCAAGAUUGCAUGGUACAGCUUUGAAUCCGAUGGAUCAUCCAGAAAUGUUUUACACUCAAACAUCAGAUUCACAAUUCACCUACCAACAACAAGGAAGAAGCUAUGGUGAUAUGAGCAAAGUAGAUGUGCCAAAACCAUAUCAAUUAAGGCAAAGUAUUGUGAUGACAGAUCCGUCAUUAUUGUCAAUGACAGGAAGAUAUAAACCUGCGGGUUCUUUCAGAAAUAUACACAGUGCAAACUCCAGAAAUAACAGUUUAGUUUCACAAUUGCAUCCAAGCGAGCAAGCAUAUAAAGCAAGGGUCAGUGGCUUACUGGAGUUUACUGAUGUCGAACAGCCACCUAGUGUUGGUGAAAUUUUACCACAUAGUGGUACCCAUGAUGACCUAAGGAAACAAUUAGGUUCAUCUCAUAAUUAUAAUGUAACAAUUUAA